AUGGAGAAUCUGAUCUCUCUGGUUAAUAAGAUACAGAGAGCUUGCACGACUCUCGGAGACCAUGGUGACUCUAGCGCCCUCCCAACUCUAUGGGAUUCCUUGCCUGCGAUUGCCGUCGUUGGUGGCCAGAGCUCAGGGAAGUCUUCAGUCCUGGAGAGCAUUGUUGGAAAGGACUUUUUACCCCGUGGAUCUGGUAUCGUCACUCGAAGGCCCCUUGUCCUACAGUUGCAAAAGAUUGAUGAUGGAACCCGGGAGUACGCAGAGUUUCUUCACCUCCCGAGGAAAAAGUUCAUCGAUUUUGCUGCUGUGAGAAAGGAGAUUCAAGAUGAGACUGACAGAGAGACUGGACGCAGCAAGGCGAUUUCUAGCGUCCCCAUUCACCUUAGCAUAUACUCUCCCAAGGUUGUCAACUUGACAUUGAUUGAUCUUCCGGGGCUUACAAAAGUUGCUGUUGAGGGACAAUCUGAAAGUAUAGUGAAGGACAUUGAAAACAUGGUUCGGUCCUACAUUGAAAAGCCCAACUGCAUCAUUUUGGCAAUUUCACCUGCAAACCAAGAUCUUGCUACCUCAGAUGCAAUUAAAAUUUCCCGUGAGGUUGAUCCAUCGGGGGAGAGAACAUUUGGUGUCUUGACCAAGAUUGAUCUUAUGGACAAGGGGACCGAUGCAGUGGAAAUUCUGGAAGGGAAAUCUUUCAAACUCAAAUAUCCAUGGGUUGGUGUUGUCAACCGCUCCCAAGCAGAUAUUAACAAGAAUGUCGACAUGAUUGCGGCUCGCAGAAGAGAGAGGGAGUACUUUUCCAAUACUACAGAGUAUAGGCACCUUGCACAUAAAAUGGGUUCCGAGCAUUUGGCAAAAAUGCUCUCCAAGCAUCUAGAACAUGUGAUCAAGUCAAGAAUUCCAGGCAUCCAGUCGCUUAUUAACAAAACAGUAUUAGAGCUGGAAUCUGAACUAAGUCGCCUUGGAAAGCCUAUUGCAGCUGACGCUGGGGGGAAACUGUACUCAAUAAUGGAGAUAUGUAGACUUUUCGAUCAAAUAUUCAAGGAGCAUCUCGAUGGAGUGCGUGCUGGUGGUGAGAAAGUGUAUAACGUGUUUGAUAACCAGCUUCCGGCAGCUCUGAAGAGACUUCAGUUUGACAAGCAGCUAGCAAUGGACAACAUCCGCAAGCUGGUCACGGAGGCUGACGGUUACCAGCCUCACUUGAUUGCUCCUGAGCAAGGUUACCGUCGUCUCAUUGAGUCUUCUAUUGUCUCCAUCCGAGGCCCUGCUGAAGCAUCUGUUGACACUGUUCAUGCCAUCUUGAAGGAUUUGGUUCACAAGUCUGUGAAUGAGACGGUGUGUUAUAGACGGCUCGAACAUGUGCAGGAAUUAAAGCAAUACCCAGCUCUGAGAGUGGAGGUGACAAACGCGGCCAUAGAGUCGCUGGACAAAAUGCGGGAGGGAAGCAAGAAAGCAACACUACAGCUGGUGGACAUGGAGUGCAGCUACCUCACUGUUGAUUUCUUCAGGAAGCUUCCCCAGGAUGUUGAGAAGGGUGGUAACCCCACGCACUCCAUUUUCGACCGCUACAACGACUCCUAUCUCCGACGAAUCGGAUCCAAUGUUCUGUCUUACGUGAACAUGGUCUGUGCUGGCCUGCGGAAUUCAAUCCCUAAGUCCAUCGUCUACUGCCAAGUCCGAGAAGCCAAGCGCAGCCUCCUUGACCAUUUCUUUGCCGAGCUCGGUACCAUGGACAUGAAGAGGCUCUCGUCGCUGUUGAACGAAGAUCCAGCGAUCAUGGAGAGACGCAGCGCCAUAUCUAAGCGGCUGGAGUUGUACCGAGCUGCCCAAUCAGAGAUCGACGCCGUCGCUUGGUCCAAGUGA